AUGUCCCAACCCAACACUCCUUCCCCCGAAACAAAUUCCAACAGUACCCCCAGCAUCAACGCCGCCGCCCACGCCUAUCAACUCGCCAUGCAAACGCAACCACAUUCCGCAACACCACCCGCAGCAUCCAACAACUCGGGUGUCCUCCAAAUGCCAGGCGCAACACGAGAUGUGGUUAUGGAGGAUGCGCCUCUUCAUAGACCUGCAUCUCCUGCCGCUGCAAUCCUUCCACCAACAACUACCACUCAAACACAUUCACCAAUUUUACCGCCUACGAAUCAGUCCACUUCUAUAUCGACUGCGAGUAUCAAUCGCGAGACAGCUUCUCCGCUUUUGGUACCUGCGCGCACAAGCACUCCGGUACCGAAGGUAAAUGGGAUUGCGGAGAAUUCGUCGAGGGCUACGAGUCAACAUCCGGACACAGGGCCAUCGUUACCGACUGAAGCAAGUGUACAUGGCGCGCCGGCGCGAGUUUAUUUGAAUCAGACUGUUACAGGAAGUUUACUAGAGGGCAUGAAGCUGCUGGCCAAGGAACAACCCAAAGAUCCUUUACGAGUUUUAGGAGAAUUUUUAUUGUCAAAAUCCAAGGAAUUAGAAGGAGGUAAUUAA